AAUCAAAACAAUCAAGGAAAUAGUACAAUCUUAGAAUUUUCAAUUAGAUUUUCAAAACCAUCAUCAUCAAAUGAAUUCGAAAUUAUAAACUAUAUAGAUGAAAAUGCUAUUGCCUAUGUUUAUUAUAUGCCCGAUGUAAGCGUUAAUGGUUGGUCCUAUUUAUCAUUGAAAACCAAUAGUUUAAAUGGAAAAUAUGAUGAUUAUGUUCAAGCAUUGGCCGCAGGUUAUCUCGAAGGCUAUUUAACACAAGAAAUGAUUUGGGAUAGUAAGUAUAACUAUUAUACAAAUUAUUUCAACUCCUCCACAAUCCCAAAAGUUUUAAAUGAUUGGUUAACAGAAAACUAUUAUAAUAUGCAUGAAUUUAUUGUAAAUAAUGUUGAUUCAUGGUAUUGGAGACAACUAAACCUAACAUUAACUCAAAUGAAUGGCUUAUUAGAUGGCUAUACUUAUGCAUUAAGUUUAACAAAUAAUAGAUCAAAGAUACACCAGCAAACUAUAGUACUUUUCGAUUUAUUCGUUUUAAAUAUGUAUGGUGAUUUGGGUGAUUUGGGGCCAGCCCUCCACAUGGGUAAUUUUCCAGCUGCUAAAAGAGCAUCAGAUUUUAAUGACAUUCAAGAUUACUUUAUGAAAACCCAACACUGCUCCGCACUAAUCAAAUUAACUUCAGAUUAUUCAGAACUAUAUGCAGCACAUACAACAUGGACAGGGUAUAAUACAAUGUUAAGAAUUUUCAAAAGCUAUAACUAUGGAUAUUCCUUUGAAUAUUCAGGUACCAUUUCAAGAAGGAAUAUGUUUAGCUCAUAUCCAGGUGUAUUAAUUUCAAUUGAUGAUUUUUAUCAAAUGGCAGAUACAAAUUUAGUAGUUUUAGAAACCACCAACUCAUUAUUAAAUCCAGAACUAUAUAAACUAAUUAGACCAUAUUCAGGUGUUUUAAGUUGGAUUAGAAUAACUAUUACAAAUAGAUUAUCUAAUGACGGCAAAUCAUGGUGCGAAACAUUCUCAAGAUACAACAGUGGGACAUACAAUAAUCAAUAUAUGGUAAUAGACUACAAAAAAUUUACCCCAUAUAAAGAAUUAAAAGAUGGUGCUUUAUAUGUUUUAGAACAAAUACCAGAGUAUAUUGAAUAUGAUGAUCAAACAGUCCUACUAAGAGAAAUGUAUUUUAGCUCAUUCAAUAUUCCAUUCUAUGAAACUAUUUAUAACAUGUCUGGUUAUAACAACUUCACUUCCAACAACUAUACUAACAGUAAAAUCUAUUAUCUAAGCUAUCAAACAUGUCCAAGAAGCGAAAUUUUCCGUCGUGAUGUAGGCUCAAUUGAAUCUUUAGACUCUUUCAAAGCAUUACUAAGAUAUAACAAAUUCCAAACUGAUCCACUUUCACAUGGCACUCCAUUUUAUGCCAUAUGCUCUCGUUAUGACCUGUUAUCAGAUGAUCCAAAGCCAUUCGGGUGUACAGAUACCAAAGUAACCUCAUACAAUAACCUAUUGGAAAAUUCAGUGCUAGCAAUCAGUGGACCUACUACUGACAAUCAAAAACCAUUUGUUUGGUCAUCUAAUAGUAACUUUAUGAAUGUUGCUCACAACGGUAUACCAAACGAAUUUAAUUUUGACUGGGUUGUUUUUAAAAACAACUCAUUUAAUAACUACUAAAUAUCAAAAAAAAAUAUUUAUUAAUAAAACUGUAAUCUAUUAUUUUAAUUUUAAUUUUUUAAA